AUGGUCACCUACGAUUGCAAUUGCAAGGAUAUUGCAAUUACGGAGGGGAUAUUCGGAGAAAUUUAUAUCGAUGCCCAAAGCAAUGGACUCCAGUUGACGCCAGUAAAAUCGUAUACGAUGAUCAAUAAGAAUCGCUUGGAGAUUGUCGUUAUUUCCUGGGGUGCCACGAUCGCUUCUGUAAAAUGUCCCGAUAAGUUCGGGCAUGUCGCGGAUAUCGUGCUCGGUUUCGAUGAUUUGAAGAGCUAUACGAAUGCCAGGAUUAAUCCGUUUAUAGGAUGUAUAUUGGGCAGAUGUGCGAAUCGCAUAAGAAACGGCAGUAUUGUCGUUAAAGGCGAAACGUAUCAACUAACGAGAAACGAUCUCGGCAAGCAUCAUUUGCACGGAGGUACGAAGGGUUUCGGCCGGCGAUUGUGGGAGUCGCAUAUCGAUGGCUGCUCAGUUGUCAUGACUUACUUAAGCGCAGACGGUGAAGAGGGAUAUCCUGGUGCAGUAUUGAGCACAGUGAGAUUCAGGUUGAUGCCUGACAAUAAACUGGAAAUAGGUAUCCGAGCGACAACGACGAACUCUACUAUAGUGAACAUCUCGCACGGUUCUUUGUUCAACCUCGCUGGACACGACGCCGGUAAGAAGGAACUGAUGAAGCACAAGAUCUCGUUGAACUGCGAUCGCUGGACCUUCGCGGAUUACACGGACCCGGUACCAACCGGCAGCAUCCGAGGAGUCGGAGGAACCGUCAUGGAUCUGCGUGUACCAAAACUUCUGGAGAGCUGCAUAGAGAAGGUUCCCCCGGGUGAGGGAUACGAUCAUAACUAUUGCGUCACGCCGAACUGGCAUGGAGGUAAUGCAUAUGUCGCUCGAGCCGUUCAUCCGAACAGCGGUCGCGCCUUGGAGAUUUACUCGAAUCAGCCUGGCGUACAGUUCUAUACAGGCGGCCGUCUAGGCAGUAUUUCUGAGGUAGUGUGAAUGCGACGAUAAUCGAAAUUCAUAAUCUGCCUUGAAAUAAUACGAGGAAUAACGCUAUCUCAGGCUAAUAGCGAUGUUGUUGUUAAAUACGACAACAGCCCGAAUCGCGAAGAGGAUUAUGAGAGAGAAAAGACUGAUCAGAUGGAAAAAGAUGUGACACCUGAACGCGAGUCGCUCGAAUUUAUUUCAGGGAAGCAAGGUGCUCGCUACGUGAAGCACUGUGCUUUCAGCAUUCAACCGCAAAACUAUCCAAACGCCAUUAAUUAUUCACAUUUCCCCUGUUCUAUUCUACAACCCGGAGAAAUCUAUUCUCACGACUUAAUUUACAAAUUCGGUAUCCAACUGGCUAAUUAUAUGUGACGGCAU